AUGCCAUCCUGCGAUUCCAGCGCCGUGGAUGGAACGAUUUCUGAAACAAGGCUCUGGGAAGGGGGUUGGAUGUUUCAUAAUCUAGCCAUCAUUCUUUGUGCAAUAUUCACUCUCAUAGCUUUCAUUAUCGCCGGCAUUCUGAUCAUCGGCCAUGCGACCCAUUACAGCCGACCAUCUGAGCAAAGAUAUAUUCUUCGAAUUCUUUUCAUGAUUCCAAUAUACUCGUUGACAUCCUUUCUCUGUGUGGCCUUUUAUAAGAAAACGGUCAUUUUUCAGCUUAUAGGUAAUUGUUACGAGCCUUUUACUAUUGCAUCCUUCUUUGCAUUACUCUGUAACUAUAUCGUCCCGGAUCUUCAUGACCAGAAAGAAUAUUUCCGACACAUUAAGCCAGUGAACUGGGUAUGGCCAGUUACUUGGUUUCAGAAAUUCACUGGCGGUCAAAAUGGAAUAUGGCGGCAGCCUCGUAGCGGAUUGACCUGGUUCAAUGUCAUUUGGAUAGGCGUAUUUCAUUAUUGCUUCAUUCGGGUGGUGAUGACAGUCAUUGCUGUGGUGGCAGAGUCAACCAAUGUCUAUUGUGAGACUUCGAUUAGCCCGGUCUUUGCCCACUUUUGGGUCCUCCUAAUCGAAUCCAUUGCUGUCUCAAUCGCAAUGUACUGUUUGAUUCAGUUCUAUAUUCAGAUUAAAGGUGAUAUCGCGCAACACAAACCAUUUCUAAAAAUUGUGUGCAUCAAGCUCGUGAUUUUCUUGUCGUUCUGGCAGUCGACCAUUAUCGACCUUCUUACAUCUUCCGGGCUUGUCAAAGGAUCCGACAAAAUCGCUCUACAAGAUUGGAAUAACGCGUUGCCCAACCUCCUCAUUUGCAUGGAGAUGGCCACGUUCGCCGUUCUUCACCUCUGGGGCUUUCCAUGGCGACACUAUGUGAUCAACAUGCAGAAGGACGGCAAUAUUAGAGAAAGGAUCCAAGAAUAUCACGGAGGCCGGCUAGGCACUGCAGCCAUAAUGGAUGCAAUGAAUCCAUGGGAUCUCUGCAAGGCAAUUGCCCGUGGCCUGCGCUGGUUGUUUGUCGGCCGUAAACAACGUAUGCUAGACCAAAGCUAUCAGCUCGCGGCGAACAGAGGGUCGCAAGAACACCAUGAAUACCAUCACCUACCGGAGACUGUAUAA